CUGGUGGGCCUCCCGCGAUGGUUUCUGCGGCGAGCAAGGCCCAGGCCUAACAGACCGAGAUGUAUCGAGUUUUGCGCCUUCGAUACGUCGUUUACGUAUUCAGUUUUUCACACAACGGCGGCGAUGUCGUCGGCCUCCUCCUCCGCCGCCGCCGCCAACGCCGGUGAAGGAAGCGGGGGUGCGGAGGAGGGCGUGGAGAUCACUUACGUGAGCUAUGGCGGGGAGCAGCAUCUGCCGCUGGUGAUGUCGCUGGUGGACGAGGAGCUCAGCGAGCCCUAUUCCAUCUUCACCUACCGCUACUUCGUCUACCUCUGGCCGCAGCUCACCUUCCUGGCGUUCGAUGCCAGGGAUGGCAAGUGCGUGGGGACAGUCGUGUGCAAGAUGGGGGAGCAUAGGGGUGCAUUCAGGGGCUACAUCGCCAUGCUCGUCGUCCUCAAGCCCUACCGAGGGAGGGGAAUAGCAACUGAGCUAGUUACUAGAUCAAUUCGGGCAAUGAUGGAAUCUGGCUGUGAGGAGCUUGUAUCUUCUGAUCAGGUGACACUUGAAGCAGAAGUUACUAAUAAGGGUGCCCUUGCUCUGUAUGGUCGCCUUGGGUUUAUCCGAGCAAAGAGAUUGUACAGAUACUAUCUAAAUGGUGUAGACGCAUUUCGGCUGAAACUACUGUUUCCGCGCCCUGAUAAUGACCCACAAAUAUUUGGUAUAAUUGACUAGAUUCUCCCUACUCGUGACAGCAUCCUAAUCAGUAGGUUGAAUUGAGUUGGAGAUCUGUAAUCCGAUCAUUUUUCGCUCUGUUCAUGCUUCCUCAGCUAUCAUGUGGCUGUAAUAUUGCUGUACUUACAUAUAAAUGUUCGAGGUGUUUUAUUUUCUUCCUGUUCUUUGAUAAGGGUGUUGUAAGACCUUUUUCUUUUGUGAGAAAAACAAAACGCAUGCCGCAGUUGCAAGAGGACUGUGCAGUUCUUUUGCUCAAUAAACAAAACGCAUGCCGCA